AUGCCGUCCGCCGUCGAAAUCUUCGUCCCGACCGAAAUCAUCCUGCAGAUUGUGUCCCGCGUUGACCGCAGCCUAAGUGGCAGAGAACGCCAGAAAGCCUUGUACAAUCUUUGCCUGGUUUCGCAUCAGUGGUACUCUGCGACGCUGUCGUUUCUCUAUGCACGACCAAAACUCGAGGGAGGAAACACAUACCAAAAGUUCACGACCAUCAUGUGCCCCCCCGCCGGGGGCCCGAAGAAGAGCAAAGACCUGGGUGGGCUGGUACGCCGGCUGGAUUUGAGCAAGCUGGUCCAUCACAGCUCCAACAGUAUGACCGCGCGGUUAAUUAACCGGGUGAAGGGGAAUUUGGAAGUGUUCCUUGCUCCGGCUUCUGGGUUUUCUGUCAAUUGUCUCUCGCCGCUUUCCAAAUGCACCAAAAUGCGAUACUUGGACCUGUCCUUGGUUCACGAGUCCUUCUCGUUAGAACACAUACGGAAAACGAUACGGUCUAUGGAACGACUAGCCUGUUUGCGCACUCCUCGGUUCAUGCGCAUCACCCAGGAAGCAUUGGAUAAAGAGGGACUGAAAUGGCCGCGCAAACUACAGACACUCCAGCUCAGCGGAACAAUAGACGUAAACAUGGCUACCUUUCCAUGGCCGGAAAUCAUGUCUUCGCUAUCUCUACAACACUGCAUGAACCUCUCUUACGAAAUAAUGACGGGCAUCCUAGACAAACUCUCCCUUCAACAGACCCUGAAAAGGCUCUCAAUUUCGACCUACAACCGGGGUCUCCAGCCCGAAUGCAUCAACCUGAUUCCAAAUUUCUUACCCAAUCUCCUUUUCCUCGGCGUCCCGGGGGAUUUGGUGCAGGAUAUCUUCUUCACGCUGAUCCAAUGCCGGAAGACCGAUCUGGCCCUCGAGGUUCUUGAAUUCGGCCACACGCACACUGGUGACAAGCUCGACUUGUCCAUGCAAUUCAUCAUCGAUACACUCCAUCAGGGUUUGCCAAACCUCCGAGCCGUCGGCUUCCACACCAUGUUUGGUGAGUACGACGAUCUUGACGAUGCGCUUCUAGAGCACGCCGAGAAGAGGGGGGAUAAACUGCAAAUAUCCGAUGAGACGAUUGAGUUUGAUCCUGGUACAUAUUAUUUUGACUGA